CAGGUGUUGAAUAACAUUAGGUAAUUUAACGUUGGCCACCGCCUCCAUAACAAGUAACGUUAACGUUAAGUUGGCACCUAGGACGACAAGCAAGGCUGAAUAUCUUGCUCUCGUUCUGUAACGACGGUGAAAAUGACAACACAGCAGUCUGUGUGGCCCAGCUUUCCAGUCACUUUACCCUACCAGGUGACUGUGCCUUGGCCAUCGUGCCUGGCGUGUGACUAUGCGGGCGUGGUGGUGCAGCAGUCGCCGGGGUUACCCUGUUUUUACAACACGGUGAUUGAAAAGCCAUGUCCACAGAAGAUAAGGAGAUUCUUUCUGGAGAGGUCUGUAUUUGAGUUGGUGGAACAUCAUCAAUACCUUCCCUUGUCUGACCAAAAGCUGUUGGGUUGGUAUUUCGGUUUGUCUCCAGAGGACAAAAACACAAUACUAGAGGAAGGAGGGUUUCAUCGGUUUCUGCAGAGACAUCCUGCCCUAGAAGUGUCUACGCAUCAUGUUUUUGUGAAGUAUGACAUUGAAAGGACCCAUCCCACCCAGCAAACCAUAACAUCCAACAACCAAAUGUCUGGAACGUCAGGAGCAAAAUACAGAUGUGCAGUGCCCCAUACACGUCUAAAGGUUGAGGCGCCCCCCACUAAUGUGAGGAGUACUUUCAUGAUGGGCUGUAGCAACAGCUGGGAUGGAUCACAAAAACAUCCACAUGAGGAACAGCUAGUCAGUCCAUUAAAGUCAGAAUGGCCCACAUUUGUGAACGAGUCUCCUUCUGAGUACUACACUUUGGACAAUAUUGAAAUGGAUGGUACAGAGUGCAGUGACAGCAGGAUACAGACAGUUGAGCAAGAACAGGUCAGCUCUCUUCCGGACCCAGAUGAGGAAAAUAAAACAAAGGAAGGGUGUCAGGAUUACAUGGUCCAUGGUAAUGAGUACCCUCUUGAUGAUGCUAAAGCUUGCUUAAGUUUUGAGGUUUCGAGUGACAAAUUCCACAGCAUCAAGGAGGACGAUGACAGCAUACUUGCCUGUGUGGCCAGCAAAGAUAUGAAAGCGCACAUUGAAUGGGUUCCAGUGACCACUAAUGUUGAAGCACUGACAGCCAGCAGGGAGACCUUGAAGUCUAAUCACUCUGUCCUCAAGAUAAACACUGCAGAAAAAUGCACCUCGCCCAUGCCUGGCAUGACUACCUGUGACAUUAUAGUUGGCACCGAGUUGCCACCGUGUAAGUCAGCUUUCACCCAAACUAAGGAUCCAGCAACAUCUGACAAGCAUCUCAUGACUGAAGUCCACAUGGCAGAUCUGGACUAUCUCGCUGAGGAAUUUAUCAAACUCAGGGUGGCUAAAGAGGAACUUGCAGAGCAAAAAGCGAAAAGUUCGGGUUUUAAAAAGGAAUGUGACUGUGUCCAUCGUGCUCGGCAAGCAGAGCUGUGCCUCCUGGCCCUGCAGUACAGCAUGUGCAGACAGCACUGCUGGAGGCUCUACUAUAUCUCUGUUGAGGGAGGCCAGCUCACUGAAUUGCCACAGACACCUCCAGCAAACUUUGUCAAUGUUCUGCAAAAACUGGAAUCCGACUAUAAUCAGAUGAAGGAUAAGAUCUUGGCAGGGGUUCCUCUGCAGCAACUUAAGCCUCUUUCUGUUGACUCUGAGAAGAUAACCAUAGGAGCAAGUUUCAUUCCUGCACAGAUUAUUGGUGAUGUGCUGGGAAAUGUUUCAUCUUGGAACUCCCAGGAGCCCCAGAAACGUACAUCAGAUGAAGCAAAUGGAUGCCCUGAUAAUGAAAGCAGAAAUGGCUGCCAGCACAGUGAGAGAAAGGGAAAACAGGAGAACAGCAAUGUAAGUAGAGCAGUCACUCUACCCCCCCAAGAUAGAGAUGCUACCCAUGAGCACAAACAAGAAGUGAAGCAGACCUCAGCAUGCGAGGCGUGGUAUGAUGCUGAAGAGGACCUGGAGCUUGCAGGACCUGCAGUAGCUGCUGAGACGGGACAGGACCCAACAAUGGUCCUAAAAGAUCAGAACAAUGAACCAGCCAGCAUGGAGGCCAAGAGAUCAGCACUCUGUGUUUCCAACCUAACCAGUAAUGUGACAGAGCGGAUAAUUCAGCCACCAUUUAGCUCCAGCAUCAAGAACAGGAAGGUGGUCUGCAUCUCCCCCACGGCAAAGGGAACCUGUGUGCCCCAACACUUUGGCACCAUGAGCAGCUUCGACACCCUGAUGGCAGAGCUGACACAGCGCCACCCAGACAUUGGAAGGCAGAGAAUUGUUGAUGCUCUAAUCGAGCUGAAGGCCAAGCACCAGGGCAUCCUCAGUGGCCUCCCUCUCAGGACAAUCAGGGACAUGAUAUCUGAGCUUCUGACCAGGCCAGCAAGUGCCACACAGUUAUGAAGGAGCAGUGCUCCGUGCUUUAAAAUGUGGUAGUUGGUACCAGUAAUUUGUUAGAAAAGCAUUAUAACCCCUCAAGUUUUCUUUACGAGAAGAGGGAAGCAAUUUAUCUAAAAGUAAUAAGUUGACAAGUUGUGUGACAGUCUGUGUUCUUGUCAAGUAGCAUCAGAUUGUUUUUGUAAAAGUAAAAAGUCAAGUAAAGUUUUUUGUCUUCAAAAGAUGGUACAUUGAAAGUUGAGGGCUACACGCUGUGCCUCUGCCAGUUAUUUGGCAGUUAAAUUUAGUUUUAAAGAAAAUAGUUUAUAGAUUUCUAAAAUGGUAUUUAAGUUGCACACAGUUGUAGUGUGUAUGCAGGAGCUUUGUUUUAUGUCCUUGGUCAAAUAAAAAGGACACACAUAUAUUACCUUCA